CUAUUCGGGUCAACCCGUUUCACUCCAUCCGCUACCGCUUCCUCAUUCCGGCGUUCCACGGAACAUCCUCCGCGUUCUCUAUUUCCCCGAAAAUGGCGGGGACGGCGAGUUCGUCUCAAUCUCAGCCCGACUCCCACCCGAGGCGACCCGUUUGCUCGUCUUGCUCGAAACCCGUGCAGACCUGCCUCUGCGCUCGGAUCCGUUGUCCGGGCCUCGACAACUCCGUCGCCGUCACUGUCCUUCAGCACAGCCUGGAGAAGAAGCACCCUUUGAACUCCACCAGAAUCGUCAAGUUAGGGCUCAAAAAUGCGACCGUCGCGACACUUCACGAUGUUAACUUUGAUGCCCGGUUCUCUAUCUGGUUUCUCGGGAAGGAAUCUGAAGUGGGUCUGGCUCAGAAGGGCGUCGAUUGUACGGAUUCGGGCCAAGAAGUGGAAAUCAAGAACGCCCAGAGGCAGGAACUUGGGUUUCUUGAUGGUGUGAGCUCAAGAGCAGAAGAUAUCGGCGAAUCGGAAAUCGAUAUGAGGUCUGUUCAGUGCCCAGAAGCUAAAAACCCACCCUUAGUUGACAGAGAUGAGUUCAGUCCGGGUGGAUGGAAUCCUAAAGGCGGUGAUCGAAUAGCUCGAGAUUCGGAAUUACUAUUGAAUUACGGAGAACUGGUCAUUAAUAUUUUCAUGGGCAGGAAGGGGGUGAUUAGCUCCAUAGAACACACAUUAAAGGCUGACAUUCAUCAGGAGGAGAGGCUGAAUAAAGAUGACAUUCUAGCACCAGAACUCGCCCGUAAUCUUUUCUUGAAAGGAUUCGUAGUGAGGAAGUUGCAGAGGAGGCAAGUGAAUCCGAGCUUGGAGGAAGUGGAAGAGUGUGAGGAGUUCGAACUCGCCAUUCCUGCUGGUUCAGUGCUUCUAUUCCCGACGAAAGAUGCUGUGUCCGUUGAUGAGCUCAGAGCCAGGGACUUUGAGGUGAAGAAUCUGAUCGUAUUGGAUGGGACGUGGCUUAAGGCAAGGAGGAUGUACAGCGAAAAUCCGUGGCUGAGGUUUCUGCCACAUUUGAAGUUGGAUCCUCAGGUGAGGAGUCUAUACAGAGAAGUGAGAAGUCAGCCCAAGGCCGGUUGUUUGUCAACCCUCGAGAGCAUUGUAUAUACUUUGAAGGCACUGGGGGAUGAUUGCUCAGACGAUCUGGAUAAUCUCUUGGAAGUGUUUGGGUCCAUGGUUGAAGAUCAGAGGCGGUGCAAGCACGAGAGAUUAAAUAAAGCUUCUCGUAGUACCAUGGAAUAGGCUUCUGUGAUUGAGUAAAUCUUCUUGAUUUCAUCUUUUUAAUCAGUUUAUCAUCGAAAAUGAGCCUAUCAAGAGAAUUGUCGAAUUAUUUGGGGAAUUCACACCUCAGAUUUUGCAGACAAAGAAAUAUAUGAGCAAGAUACAUUAGGUUCAAUUAAGCAGCAGCAGGCUUCUAUCAGGACAUAUAUUAGUGCAGUGAGUUGAGUAAUACUACCAUAAUUGAAUUC